GGACCAUAUAAUAUCCGCUGUAAUUGCGUCUCAAUUUCGCUUAUAGAGUUUGUACUUUUCCUUUUUCCCUUUUCAUUCUUGUAUAAACCCUUCCCCAAAAACCAAAAAGAUUCAGAGAGAGAGAGAGAGAGAGAGAGAGAGAGAGAGAGAGAGAUUGAGGGUCUCGAUGGAGUUUUCUGAGUAGUCUCUCUCUCUUAAUUUUUUUGUGUUUCCAAGAUCAAAGCAAAAGAGGGCAUUCGGAACUGUGAUUUUUGGUUAUUUGGGUUCUUCUAUUUGUUUGAUCGGAAAUAGAGAAAUGGCUGGAUCGGACGAGAACAAUCCGGGCGUGAUCGGACCCAGAAAUCUUCAAGAGGAGGGAUUUCGUGCUGGAGGUGGAAAAUUGGUUUCGGGAAUCGGGCACAACCGGAGAGCAUUGAGCAGCAUAAACAGGAAUAUAAUAGGAGCUCCUCCUUACCCUUAUGCAGUCAACAAAAAUGCCUUUUCAGAAAAACAAGCUGACUUCAAUAAGAAACCAUCUAUUCCGGUACAUCGGCCAAUUACUAGGAAGUUUGCUGCAGAGCUAUCCAACAAGCAGCAAGUUAUACCCGAGGAAACUAAGAAACCAGGACAACUAGCCCCAAAGCCAAGUGAGUUUGAGGAUUGUACCAUUAUAGAUGCGGAAGACGACGAAGAGUCUAGUGACUUUUCUGCGCCAAUGUUUGUGCAACACACUGAAGCAAUGUUGGAGGAGAUCGAUCGGAUGGAGGAGGUAGAAAUGGAAGACAUAGAUGAUGAGCCAGUUUUUGACAUAGACAGCUGUGAUAAAAAGAACUCGCUUGCAGUUGUUGAGUAUAUCAAUGAUUUAUAUACAAAUUACAAGAAAGCAGAGAGUUCUAGCUGUGCCCCAUCGAACUAUAUGUCACAGCAAUCUGAUAUUAACGAGAGGAUGAGAGGUAUUCUCAUUGAUUGGCUGAUUGAGGUGCACUACAAGUUUGAACUAAUGGAUGAGACCUUGUAUCUUACUGUAAACCUGAUCGAUAGAUUCUUAGCUGCUCAACCAGUGGUGAGGAAGAAACUUCAGCUGGUUGGAGUGACAGCAAUGCUUCUUGCUUGCAAAUAUGAAGAAGUUUCAGUUCCAGUUGUGGAGGAUUUUAUUGUAAUAUCUGACAAGGCUUAUAGCAGAAAAGAAGUACUUGAAAUGGUAUAUAAAACUAAAAGCAUUUAUCUUUCACAUUUUCUAAACAACACAAUCAGAUUUAGAAUAUAUGAUUUACUUGUAUGCCUGCAGGAGAAGUUAAUGAUCAAUACCCUACAGUUCAAUCUGUCGAUUCCCACACCAUAUGUGUUUAUGAGGAGGUUUCUCAAAGCUGCUCAAGCUGACAAGAAGCUUGAGCUACUGUCAUUCUUCAUCAUCGAGCUGUGCCUGGUUGAGUAUGAGACGCUUAAGUUUCCACCUUCUUUGUUGGCUGCUGCUGCAAUAUAUACAGCCCAAUGUACUCAUUAUGGGUUUAGGCAGUGGAGUACAACCUGUGAGUGGCACACCAGCUACUCGGAGGAGCAAUUGCAGGAAUGCUCAAGGUUGAUGGUUAAUUUCCAUCAGAAUGCUGGGUCUGGGAAGCUCACAGGAGUUCAUCGGAAGUAUAGUACAUCGAAGUAUGGCUAUGCUGCAAAAACUGAUCCUGCUAACUUUCUGUUAGAGGCCAGAUACUAGCAAAAUGCUCAAGAAACAGAUGAUUCAUUAAUAACAUUUAUUAGGCAACUGGGGGGAUGGGGCGUGUAUUUGAGCAACAUAAGUUGCCCCUGGGUUCUUGAACAUAUUCUAAUUUGGCACUCUCAAAUUCAAUCUUUUAUUCUUCUUCUUGUAGAGGAAAAUAAUUUUCCAUGUUUGUUCUGUUGUGAACGAUGAAAUGAACGUUCAUUUGUUUUUGUUUCUUUAUAAUCAAAUUGUGAGGUUGCUUCUAGCCAGACAC